AUGGCAUUUUUCAGAAAUUUUCAGCAGAAUCUGCCUUCAGUGUCCUCUCUGGUGGACACAAUCAGUUGUGCUGUAGAAGAUUUGACCAUCGCUGUUGGGGAGGUCAGCUGUGCUUUAACAGACUCAGUUGCUGAGCAGGUAACAAGUAUGAUAAAUGGCUUUCGCCCAGAAAAGGAAAGCUGUGCAGCAGGAGAAGCUGUAGAUUCUUCUAAACAAAAAAUUGCUAUGUUACCAGAAGUCUCCAAAAACACUAAUUGUCAAAAGACACAGUACAAUUUAGAGCACAGAGCAAAACAAAUAAAUUGUUAUAAUACUUCAGUUUCACAAAAGCAAGGUCAAGGAAUGCAUGAAGAAAGAGUAUUUAAACAUAUUAAUGAUAGACAACAGACUCUGUCAGAAUAUCAAGAAACCAGUAAUGCUGGUGAUUCUUCUUUGAAAGGCCACAUGAGUAAUAAUGGGAUACUCAGGGCUGGAUCUGUUUGUCAAGAAUUUGAAAGUACUGACAACAGUAAAAAAAUUGGAUUAGGAAUUUCCAAUAAUGGUAAGAAUGAUUUAAAGGAGGUAAUAUAUCAAGAAAUGAAAGGAAAUCAGAAGAAUAAUAAUGGAAUAAACGUACUGUAUGAGCAAAAGAAACACACUGCUACAGGUAAUCAUAAAAUAGAAGAGUAUGCUGAACCUCAACGUGUAUUUUUGAGAAGAGAUCAAGAGAAAUUGGGGCAUUUCAGUAAAAAUAAGCAUCUUAAUGGUUUAGGGCAUUGUGAUCAUUUAAAGAAAGCAGGAAAACAUACUGAAAGUAAAAGAUCCAAAGGGAAUGAGUGCUCAGAAAAUGAGUGUUGUCCAAAAGAUGUUUUGACAAGCAAUAGACAUAUGAUACAGAAAUCCAUUAUGAAAGAAGACUUACAUCCAGUACCAUCAACUAAUUAUAAAGACAAAUUACCUGGAAAAAUCAAAGAACAAAUAAAUCCAACAAAAUACUACCAAAUGAAAGCAAAUAUAAAAACAAAGAAAAGUGAAGCCAUUUCUGCCAAGAAAGGAACAGCAAAGAGUAAAGAUGAAAAAUAUUCUAAGAUAAUCCCAGAAAAAGAUAAUUCCUACAUGGACAAAGAUGAACAUGGUUCAUCCUCUGAAAGCGAAGAUGAAGCGCUGGGUAAAUAUCAUGAGGCCUUAUCCAGAACACACAAUUCCAGACUACCACUGGCAGAUUCUAGACAAAAGAACUAUGCUUGGGAAACAAGACAAAAAUACAGUCCUCUAUCUGCAGAGUAUGAUGGAUACAGUAGUGAAGCAUCAAUAGAUGAAGGAAACUGCAUUCAGAGGAUGAGAAGAACACCCCCACUGGAUGAACUGCAGCCACCACCAUAUCAGGAUGACAGUGGUUCUCCCCAUCUCUCAUGUACACCCUCAGAAAUUGGGGACAGUAAAUGUGAAUUUUCCCACUGCAGCAACAGUCCAAGAUGCUCAUAUAACAAGUGCCCAAGUGAAGGAAGCACAGGUCAUGAAAUAGAAAGUUUUCAUAACAAAGGAUAUGAAGAAGAUGUUCCAAGUGACAGCACGGCAGUCCUGAGCCCUGAAGAAAUGUCAGCUCAAGGAUCAUCUUCACAGCUUCCUAAACCUUUUGAUCCUGAGCCAGAAGCUAAAUAUGGCACACUGGAUGUGACUUUUGACUAUGACUCACAAGAACAGAAGCUUCUGGUAACAGUGACAGCUGUCACAGACAUCCCAACAUAUAAUAGGACAAGUGGCAACUCAUGGCAAGUACACCUUGUUCUUCUACCUAUAAAGAAACAGAGGGCAAAAACCAGCAUCCAGAGAGGACCAUGCCCUGUGUUCACAGAAACAUUCAAAUUUAAUCAUGUUGAAUCUGAGAUGAUUGGAAAUUAUGCAGUUCGAUUUAGACUGUAUGGUGUACAUCGCAUGAAAAAAGAAAAGAUUGUGGGGGAAAAGAUUUUUUAUUUAACAAAAUUGAAUCUUCAAGGGAAAAUGUCAUUACCUGUGAUAUUGGAACCUUCUUACAAUCAUUCUGGCUGCGACUCCCAAAUGAGCAUGUCAGAAAUGUCCUGUAGUGAAAGUACAUCCUCAUGUCAGUCUCUUGAACACGGCUCAGUUCCGGAAAUUCUCAUUGGCCUGCUUUAUAAUGCCACAACUGGAAGACUAUCAGCAGAAGUGAUAAAAGGCAGCCACUUCAAAAACUUGGCAGCAAACAGACCACCCAAUACUUAUGUUAAGUUAACUCUACUGAAUUCCAUGGGCCAAGAGAUGUCCAAAUGCAAGACAUCCAUCCGCAGAGGGCAGCCAAAUCCAGUAUACAAGGAAACUUUUGUUUUUCAAGUGGCCCUGUUUCAACUUUCUGACGUGACACUCAUACUAUCUGUGUAUCACAAACGUAGCAUGAAAAGAAAAGAGAUGAUAGGCUGGAUUUCUUUAGGUCUGAACAGCUCUGGAGAAGAGGAACUCAAUCACUGGACUGAAAUGAAAGAGUCGAAAGGACAGCAAGUAUGUAGAUGGCACGCGUUACUGGAGUCCUGAUGAACGGGGUAAAUGAGCAGUCGCAAUCCAAGGCAGCACGAUUUCUGAUUACAACGUCACUGUUUUUACCUAGUCACCAUUAGAAGACCUGUUCUUUCAAGAAUCAUAUUCGUCAUCCUACCAAAUGCUUUAAAUGCUAUGGAAAGAACAUCUAAUACUGAUAUAAAUGAAGAAAAGAUGUGUCUCUGGUAGAGCUUGUUUGGGAAACUGAGACACAUGCGUCCUCACUGUUCGACUAACAGUCCUCCAGGGAUUUAACACCUUCUGAUUUAAAGUUAAUUUUACUUUACUAAAAGAGCCAGUAAUUUCAUGAAAAAUCAAAAUUAUAAGUGAUUUGGAAAAUCAGAAUUUUAGUUGCAACGAUAUUUUUCACCUUCCAUAUUAUCCAUAAAACAUAUUUUGGCUGGCCAGUCCCUGGCGUUUAUAAUGUUCUCUAAUAUGAAAAAGUAGUUUUCCAACUCUGUCAUAAGUCAUAUCUAAUGGUGAAGGGUUUCAAUGACAUUGAAAAUUGUUUUCUUUCAGAUAUGUUCCCUUUGUGCACUUAGUUUCAUUGUGCCUCAGUUCUCAGCAGCACUAAAUCUAAGUGCAAGCAAGUAUUCAUUUUCAUAAAGGAAUUUUUAAAAUAUGUUAUUUUUUAAAAAGUUAAUUUCUUCAUUUGCCUCUGCUUUUGCCUGAUCCAAAGAGACCAAGUCACUGUACUGGUCCCUUGCAAGUCUUUUAGACAGGUUGUACUGUAGAACUAUGUAACUUUCUGUUGAAAGCACUUCCUGUAUUCUUGUAUUCCAAUGUAGGAAGCUAAUAGAGCAGGACUUUACUUUAAAA